CUAUUUGCCACCGCAUGUUUCGUUUCUCUGUCUUCACUCUGCUUCUCUUUCUUCUUCUUAUUCUGGAUUUAAGAGAUUGACUUCUACGCUCUUCGCUUCACUUUAUCUCGGAUUGCCUCGUAACAUUUUCUCCACCCAGUUUUGGGUAUAGCGCGAAGCAGAACCAUCGCUGGUAGGAAUGUUUAGCAUGCUUGUUUGGUUGCUGAGAAAAUCAGAAAGCUGCGAAAGAAAGAAAAGAACGUCCCUUGGAUGUUGGAUUCUGUAAUUAUCAAACUCUAAACAGAUUUUGACGAUUCAAGUUGAUGGAGAAUACUGGAAGCAGUGCCUUUCUGAGGAGUAGAAGAUUGGAGAGUUUUCUGAACACAAGCUCUGGUCAAAGGGUGGAAGAGACUCCUAAAGUUUCAGUGAAAGAAGAACCAGAAAGAAGGCUAAAGACUCACAUAGUUUCAAAUUACGAUGAUGAAGGAUGGUUGUUGGAUAUCAUAUCAUGGAUCAGAAUUGUCAUAUGUUUUGUGUCUAUGAUGGUUACAACAUUCAUAUGGGCAUUAAUCAUGCUUGUUCUUAUUCCAUGGCCUUAUGAAAGGAUUAGGCAAGGGAACAUUUAUGGGCAUGUGACUGGUAGAAUGCUGAUGUGGAUUCUUGGCAAUCCUAUAAAGAUUGAAGGUUCUGAGUAUGCUAACAAGAGGGCCAUUUAUAUCAGUAAUCAUGCCUCUCCAAUAGACAUAUUUCUUAUAAUGUGGUUGACUCCAACUGGGACCGUAGGAAUUGCGAAGAAGGAGAUAAUAUGGUAUCCUUUAUUUGGUCAACUUUAUGUUUUGGCGAACCACCUUCGUAUCGAUCGCUCUAACCCAACCGUAGCCAUUGAGUCCUUGAAAGAGGCGGCUCGUGCAGUCGUGAGAAACAACCUGUCCCUGAUUAUUUUUCCAGAGGGCACGAGGUCCAAAAAUGGACGGCUACUUCCUUUCAAAAAAGGUUUCAUUCAUUUGGCGAUACAAUCACGCCUUCCUAUUGUUCCGAUGGUCUUAACAGGCACUCAUCGAGCAUGGAGGAAAGGCAGCUUACAUGUUCGUCCGGCCCCUCUCACUGUCAAGUACCUUCCUCCGAUAAGUACUGAAAAUUGGACGGAUGAUAAGAUCGACGACUAUGUCAAAAUGGUACGUAACUUGUAUGCCGAACACCUUCCUGAGAACCAGAGACCUUUGCCUUGAAGGUUUCAGAAAUAGGUUCAAACUCCAACUGAACUGAGGUGCCUCUUUUUUGUAAACUAUGAAGUGGAAGUUGCAUCAGUGAUCAAAGUCGUCCUCAAUUGUUGCAACAGUCAGUAAGAACAGUGGAGGCUGGUGAGUUCUUGAAGGAUUGUAAAUUUUGCAAUAAGCUUUGCUAGCUAUAACUAAUUCUAGUUUUCUUGUCUUGUAGCUUUCUCUGAUCUUGUAAAUCAUUGGCACU